AUGAAUGACUAUCAACUCGGAGACGCAUACCAAGACGAAAAGCGAGAGGAAGCUCGCAAAGCUCUUCAGCAGGAUUAUUGGCAAUGCGAGCUAAAGAACUACUUGUCCUAUGUGAAAUCUUUGGUCCCCAGGUGGCCUCAGCUUGAGCUCCUCGCCGACUUCAUGGAAGUCGGUACCAUUCCUACACGAUGGUGCAUCUUUCCAGGAGAGAGGCAAGAGAACCAACAACGAUAUACGUAUCCAGUCGACAUAGAUGAUAAAAACAACGACUCCACCGCAUCGCUGGAGCUAAAGCAAGCUGCAAAUGAUAUCAAAAAAGCUGCAUCGCGAGGCGAAUUCAACCUGUUUGUUGUGGAAGACUUAUCUCGCGACGUGAUCGAAGUUCUAGGUGAUGCAUUUGGCAUUGAUCCCCGAUUCUUUCGUGCUCACAUCACUGAUUAUGUAUGGAACAAUAUCCGCGAUCGUUGGCGUGAGCCUUCCGUCCUCGAAGUUGAUGCGAAGCGGCGAGACUGGUUCCAAAUGCGAUUAGUCAGGUCUCGGUAUUUCUCGACCCAGCAAGCGCUGCGAGAAGCGCAUAAGGAGAUAGACGACUUUAACAUUAUGCGGCGCGUUACUGCUGAUAAUAAUGAUAUUUUUUGGGACAAAGAUUCUGGAACAACCCGGAGCUGGUGGCACAAGAGUGAUAGACAAAAUGACUCAGAGCUUGUUGAUGCCAAGAUUGGACAUAUACGUAGCCGCGCGACGUUCUGGUUUUCGCAAGAAUUUUCGGUUGGGGUUCUUCUACUUGAGCCGACCCCCAGAACGGGUUUCCCCCUUUGGCGUGGGUACGGUAACUGGGAUGACAUCCCACGAUUCGAGAGUCGACUGUAUGAUCAUGCACAAAACCAAAGUGCAAAAAGCUGGUUUGAAGAGUAUCUUUAUUGGGCCCAACAGCAAAUUGAUCCCGUCAAUCUACCACACACGCUUUCUUGUACCUUGCGCGACAGGCCAAUUCAGUCUCUAUUGCACAUGGUAUGCGGCGAGUGGCUCGUCUUCGCUGACUACCUGAACACGCGUCUCAACCAAAUCGACUGGGGCAUCGCAAGCCCUUCCUUCUUCCCGGACACCAAAACCGACAGUAGAAAGCAAAGUCUUGAUAAACUACACUUUUGGCGCAGGUGGAUUCCCCAAGCCCGUGACAUGCUGCAAAGCUGUAUACGCGAGACUUCCCAGUUCACCCGGUCACCUGAAAUGCACCAGAUCUGGGAGCCAUACGAGCCUGAUUACAAAGCCAUCAGAGAUCGCCUCGACGAGUAUGAGCGUCGCAUCGAUUGCCUGAGCAGCGCCGUUAACUCUGCUAUCAGCCUUGACGAUGCCAAAAGCACAUCUCACUUGACGAUUUUGGCAUCCAUCUUUAUACCACCAAGUCUGGUUGCCGCUUUGUUGUCCAUGGCCACUGAUCCGCUGGGCGAUCUCUUACCCGCUCUGAAGUGGUGGGCUAUUGCUUCGACUGCAGUGGUAGCCAUUAUCUCUGGAGUACUGUUGGCGCUAAACUCGGGGGACAAGUGGUUCAAGAAGGUCAAGUUGUUUAUACCUACACGUGCAAGUUAUAGUGCUGGAGAAAACGAAAACGGGAAGUGGAAAAAGAACGGUAUUGUAAACUUUAACUUGAUAGCUUGGGUCAGGUCACAGUAUUAUGGCAAGGAAAGACCUCACGGUUCGAAACUUGACUCGGAUGUUGAAAUGAGCAUGUUGAAAUGA